AAACAAAAAUAGAAAGAAAUGUCAAUGUCGAAACCGGUCAAGUAGCAUGAUAAAUAUUUUAUGAAGUUUUGUGUUGUUCUGCUUUGUUUUUAAAUAACUUAUCUUCAUCUAAAUAAAUUUCAAAUCAAACAACGCUGUAUGCAAUUGCCAUAACUUCACCAGAGCAAAAAAACAUCUCAAAAUGGGUGUUAGAGGUUUAAAAACUGUGUUGGAGAAAGAGAAAAAAAUGCGUUACAUCAACAUUGCAAAUGAAGUCAAGAAAUGGAAAAAAUCGCAUCCUGGCAAGAAACCAAUAAUUGUAAUUGAUUUCUUAUGUUUGGCAAAUAGCUAUGGAGAUAAUAUUAAAGAUGCUCUUUGUGGUGGCCGACAUCAAAUCGCUUUAAGUGACUGGACGAAAAUGUUGGAUGCAUUAAAAGCGACCGAAAGUACGCUGGUAUUUUUUUCGGAUUUAAACAUUCAAGAGGGAAAAGUGGACGAGUGGUUAAGUCGACGCGAUAGAGAAUUCGUAGAGUAUACUAAGUUCUACAAUUCCAUUGACAGUACUGCCGUUAGCCAAAUGAAAAAAGGGAGACGGGCGAUUAGUUCAACAUUUUAUCAAAUGGCAGUGAUUGCACAAGACUAUGGUCAAUUCAAUUAUUCCAUUCGACGUGAAUGUGAUUUGGAAAUUGCGAGAUUUGCCACAAAUAACAAUGCAAUGGCUAUCAUUUCGAACGACAAUGAUUUUCUGAUUUUUAACGGAAAUUGGAGACUAUGGUCAUCUGAGGGUAUGCGAAACAAAUCACAGCGACUGAAAACUAUUGAAUUUGAUCGAAAAUCUAUUCCAAAACUGUAUUCGCUCGCCAAACAUCAACUACCACUGUUUGCUACAUUAUUGGGUAAUGAUUUUAUCAACUUCAUUCAAUUGGCUAAAUUUCAUAAGCGCAUGGGCGCGAUGGAACAUCGAGUUAAAAAUGUUGCAACCUAUGUUCGUAAAGUCGGACGUGCUAAUCUCACUAACGCAGACAUCAAGCAAAUUGCAAAACAUGUGUUUGGAGAGAAUAAUGAAAAACUUGACCAUUUCGAAAGGCUGAUCAGAGAAAGUAUUGAUUCGUAUAAUACUAAUGUCCCUCGCGUACACAUUGAUGAUCCACUAGAAUUGAAGCUAUUGAAUACCCGCAUGUAUCGACCGUAUAUGACAAUCGGUUAUGGCAUUCAAGGAGCCACAAUGUGUUUCUAUGAUAUGCGCGGACCUGGUUCCACAUUCCCAAUGCUUCUCAUCGACUGGAUCAAACGUAAAAAAGGCAUUUUAAAACGGAAUACUAACGAUAGUUUUCUAUUAUUGGCCAAGAAGAAAAUCAACGAAAAGUUCAGGGCUCACACUGAAACAAUGAUCUGUCCCGAUUUUGCACUGCCAUCCUUAGACGAAUUAUACGUUGGAAAUGGAGACGAUUCGAAAAUUAUCGAUAUCAAAUGGAAACUACUUGCAUGGAUCAUGUUACUUUCGGAUGACGAGAUUUCGCUUAUCAAAAAUUUACCCAAAGAUUUUUUGAUGAUCAGCACCACUCUCUUUGUGUUGGUCAAGAAUAAAUUGAUUGGUACUGCAGAGGCUGACGGAAUUCUCCAUACUGAAUGUAUGGUUUUGGCAAAUACAACUUCAAAUGUACAGUAUCCCGUUGCACUUAACCCAGAAUAUGUUCGCGCUGCUCAUAUCUACAAUAUCACCUUCGAACAUGUUCGACAGAAUUUCUCGAUUGCAGGUCUAUUGCCGCAUAUCCAGGAAUUACUUAAAUUUGACGGAAAAUAUUUUCAGAAGCUGAUGGAACGAAUCACCUCGUUGAAUACGCAUGAACGCGACAAUUUGUUUAAUCCCAUAAAAAAGUAUAGGAUUUAUGACAACAUCAUUUAGGCAUAGUUUUACAUAAAAUGUUACUUUGUUGAUUAUUGUGAUGGAAAUAAACCAAAUACAUCGUUCAAGAUGAUGUGCAUAUUUUUAGCACUACAUGAAAUGUAAAGCAACUAAUCUGCUACUUUUUUUUCCUAGAUACUUUUUGAGUGUUGAAACAAAUUAUGGUGAAUUUGAAUUUUAUGCUCAAUUUUUUUAUUUAAUCUAAAACAGCAUAAUAUCUCAAAUCGCCAAUCAAAUUUUUAUUAUCAAAUGUUGUUUAAAAAUCACAUUAAUUUUUCGUAUAAUAUUUUCUGAGUCUUGACCAAAAUUAAAGUGAUUUCAGAUUCUAUGCUCAUAUUAUUUAUUUAAUUUAAACCAAAGGCAGUAUAUUCAAAAAAGAUAUUAAAAACCAAGAUCUUGUAAUUCAUUUUGCAAAUAAAUAUAUUACUUCGAAGUUA